CCUCUUCUUUCCCAACGUACGAAGCGGGAGCGAAGACUUCGCCGGCUGGCCGGCGAUCAACGCCAUCUUCGCCGGAGAGCGCGAGCCCCCAUCUCUCUCUCCCCCCCUGGUUCGUACUGGUCCAUUUGGAGGUUUGUUCACCUUCACUCUCUUACUAGAGAUUGAAGAAUCCUAUGUAUUAAAGAGCAAGAAGUGACGCCAGCUGCAAUGGAUUUGAUAUCUUCCUUAUUCAAGCUCUCUUCUGAGUUUGAGACCCCUGGGGCAACAAUUUUGGGUUGGCUUGUCACAGGAUCCUUUGGACUGUUUGCUGUCAUUUAUGCGUUCCUUAAAUUGCAAAGGCAAACAUCAUUGAAUUGGGUUAAAGCUGCAGCUAGAGCUAAGAAGAAAGUAUGGAAGAAAUUUAACUUCUCCAAGUCACACCAUUCUUGGAAUGAGGAUGAUGGUUGUAAUGGGCAGCCCUCAACAUGCUGUGUGUGUUUAACUUCAUUGGUGUCUCUCCAAGCUCCAGUUGCAAAAGAUGGUCACACAAUUUCUCUUCUUCGAUGCUCUGUAUGUGGUGUGGGAGCACAUUCCCAUUGUUCUAAGUUUGCCACAAAGGACUGCAAAUGCAUGGCUCAAGCUGGUUCUCUGAACUUGCUUCAUCACUGGUCAGAACGAUGGGUUGAAUCAGAUGAAAAUCCUGAGGUUUCUGCUUUCUGCUAUUACUGUGAUGAACCAUGCGGUUUCCCUUUCCUAGGUGGUGCUCCUGUAUGGCGUUGCUUAUGGUGCCAGUGCCUCAUACAUACAAGUUGUCAUGCCAAGUUAUCAAAAGAGACUGGUGAUAUUUGUGAUUUGGGUCCUCUAAGAAGACUAGUUCUUUCACCACUCUCAGUGAGUGAAAUAAAUGAUAGUGGGGCUCCAGGUGGUAUGUUGAGUUCCAUCAAGGAAGAGAUCAUUGCUUCAUCAGUUAGAGGGCGGAUGACAAGAAAGCGGAAUCGUAACAAAAAUGGCAGUAAUCACACCAAUAAUAAAGUUAACAAUGCCGCUGCAGAUGCAAACUUGACACUCAAAUCUGUGCUCAAUGGUCUUGUGAGAUUGGAGAAAUCAUGUAAUGGACUAAGUAAUGGUUAUAAUCUGAAGCAAGCUAGUGGUUUAGAAAGCACUAAAAGCAAACAAAAUGGUAUAAACCGGAAAAAUGGUUGUAUUAUCAACCUUGGACAGAAGAAGCAGUAUAAGCUUGUGGAUUUGCCUCAGGAUGCUAGGCCCCUUCUUGUUUUCAUCAAUGCAAAGAGCGGAGCUCAAUCUGGACCUUCACUAAAGAGGAGAUUGAACAUGCUACUGAACCCUGUACAGGUUUUUGAGCUUAGCUCGUCCCAGGGGCCAGAGGUUGGGUUGGACUUAUUUCGUAAUGUGCAGUAUUUCAGAGUUCUUGUCUGCGGUGGUGAUGGUACUGUAGCAUGGGUUCUUGAUGCAAUUGAAAGGGAAAAUUUUGUGUCUCCUCCACCGGUUGCUAUUCUCCCCCUUGGAACAGGGAAUGAUUUAUCCCGAGUUUUGCAGUGGGGAGGAGGUUUGUCUUCAGUUGAAGGGCAAGGCGGGUUAGCUGCACUUUUACAUGACAUAGACCGUGCAGCUGUAACUAUGCUUGAUCAUUGGAAUGUCACUAUCACGGAGGAAGCUGUGGGUCAAACUCAACAGAAAAGGCAAAUGAAGUUCAUGACAAACUACUUAGGUGUAGGGUGUGAUGCUAAGGUUGCCUAUGACUUUCAUAUGACUCGUGAAGAAAGGCCUGAUAAGUUCUAUAGCCAGUUUGUGAAUAAAUUGCGAUAUGCCAAAGAAGGUGCAAAGGAUAUUGUGGACAGGGCAUGUGCUGAGUUACCAUGGAAAGUGAGCUUGCAAGUUGAUGGCAAUGACAUUGAAAUCCCAGAGGAUGCAGAAGGUGUCCUCGUGCUUAACAUUGGUAGCUACAUGGGAGGGGUGGAUCUCUGGCAGAAUGACUAUGAACACAAUGAUGAUUUUGAGCUGCAGUCAAUGCAUGAUGAGAUGCUUGAAGUUGUUUGCAUAUCCGGAACAUGGCACCUCAGUAAACUUCAGGUAGGACUUUCACAGGCUCGGAGGUUGGCUCAAGGGAAGGUGAUAAGACUUCAUCUUGAUAGCCCAUUUCCUGUUCAGGUUGAUGGUGAACCAUGGAUCCAGCAACCUGGCUGCAUUGAGAUAACGCAUCGCGGGCAGGUCUUUAUGCUUCGGAGGGCUUCCGAGGAACCCACUGGGCAUGCUGCCGCCAUAAUGACAGAGGUCCUUGUGAACGCCGAAUGUAAUGGCAUUAUCAACACCGCGCAAAAAAGACUACUUCUCCAGCAGAUGGCACUUCGUCUUGCUUGAUUCAAACACAUUUCUUCUUCUGGGAUCCCUUUGAAAAAGCUACUGAUCUAACCACCUACCUAAAACAAAAGGAAGACAAAAGAUGGAAAUCAUCACAUUACAUCAUACAGUUCAUACAAUCUUACAGUAACUGUACACAUGAUUCACAAAGUUACUUUGUAACAAGCUCUGUAUUUUUUGUAUUCCAAAUUAUGGUGUAUCAGAGAUCAAUUCUUUCUCCCUCUUUUAAUCAUUUCAUUAUUAUAUGUAGUGUGCAGUUGAAAGAGGGGUUUUGUAAACUUUCAUGCGGUCUAAGAAAUGUAAUGUAAGAGAGGCUUGUAAAACGAA